UGUUUGAUUUGUUGUGGUCUGUUUUGGCUUAUUAAUCAAAGUAAUCGCCCUUUGAAGUUUCUUUCAAAUGUUCGACCACUGCAAAAUACAAUUUGAUUCCUUAUUUAUGUUCAAUAGAGAUAUAUUCCUGAGAUUUGAGAUUGGUUGCUAACUCUUGAAGUCUCACUUUACUAUGGUUGUGGUCUCCAAAUCCUUGCCAUGUAACUAGUUUCUGUUUUCGCUUGUUCUAUCAUUUAGCUAUUUGCUGUAUCAGAAGUGUCUUUGUUUUGCACUAUUAUGUUUCUCUUGACCUGCUUAAUGCUUUUUUUUUUUGGUUUGAUUUGAAUAUUAUGAUUACCACUCUUGCUGAUGAUUAGUUUGUUGGUUGUUUGAAAUGAACCGCGACUAAGUUUUAGCUUCUUUACUAUGCCACAAGUAUACUGAUUCUGUUGUUUCGUUGUGGAUGUGAAUGGUUCCAUAUUGCGUGCUGUUGGAAAUAAAGGUGUAGGGAUUUAUUAAACUUGGAGAAGAUUUCAACUUUGAGAUAAUGAUGCUUGGCAAGUUGUCAAGGCGUUGCUACUGCACUUCUGUUCAUCAGCAGCCAUGGCUCUUUCUUGGAUUGGGAAAUCCUGGCGACAAAUACAAUGGCACUAGACACAAUAUUGGGUUCGAGAUGAUAGAUGUUUUUGCUGAGUCAGUGGGGAUUCAGAUGAACCUGCUAAAUUUCAAGGCUAUAAUGGGACAAGGUUUCGUGGGCGAUGUCCCUGUUAUCCUGGCAAAGCCGCAAACUUACAUGAACUUGAGCGGUGAAUCAAGUGGACCUCUCGCGGCUUAUUACAAGUUACCUCUCAAUCGUGUGCUUGUGGUGCACGAUGACACACAAUUGCCAUGUGGUGUUCUUCGCCUUCAAGAAAAAGGAGGCCAUGGAUGUCACAACGGGUUAAAGUCAGUAAUGCACCAUUUCCGAGGCAAUAAGGAAUUUGCAAGGCUACGAAUCGGAAUUGGGAAGCCUCCUGGACAAAUGGAUCCAAAGGCGUUCUUGUUGCAGAAGUUCAGCAUGCUAGCUCGUGAACGGAUUGAUGGAGCUUUAGCAGAAGGGGUGGAAGCUCUGAAGCUGGUCUUGUCUAAAGACUUUGGAGAAAGCUGGAGACUGUUCAACGUGGAACAGAAGUACAAACACUUAAGGCAACACACAAUAAUUGCACCUUGACCAAAUUGCUCUCACCAAGAUGGGAUAAAAGAAACAAACUAAAAAAAAGAACAAUCAGAGACGAGCAAGUUCAUAGUGGAUAAUUUUGUUCUUAAAAAACAAAGUUUGGUUACUUUUUGUAAUUUUUAGUUCAGUGUAUACUAAAGUUACAAAAUUUCUCGGAUUGAAAAUUAAAGUUUAUACCUUUGUUUCAUAGCUA